AUGGCUCUAGGAGUGUUAGAGCAGCAGUUGGGAACACACAAGAGAGCUGUAGCUUAUUUCUCCAAACAGUUGGAUGAAGUAAGUAAAGGCUGGACUGGUUGUCUAAAAGCAGUAGCCGCAGUAAUCAUAAACAUAGAAGAGGCCAGAAAGCUUACAUUAGGCCAGAAAAUGACUGUGUUGGUGUCUCACACUGUCUCAGCAGUGAUAGAACAAAAGGGUAACCAUUGGUUAUCACCUUCAAGAUUCCUAAAAUAUCAAGCCAUCCUAGCUGAAACAGACAAUAUAACCAUUCAAGUGACUAAUAUUGUGAACCCAGCCUCAUUUCUAGAAGGAAGAAUCCCGACGGAACCCAUCGAACACGAUUGCCUGGAAACGAUCAAAGCAGUUUAUUCCAGCUGCCCUGAUCUCAAAAAGGAGCCAUUUGAAGAUGCGGACAACUGGUUCUCAGAGGGCAGCAGCUUCGUGAGGCAAGGAGUAAGAAUGACAAGCUAUGCUUUAACCACAACGGAAGAGGUAAUCGAAUCAAAUCCCUUACCUGCAGGGACUUCAGCCCAGAAGGCAGAAUUAAUAGCUCUUACCCGAGCCCUGGAAUUAGCAGAAAGCAUGCGAAUUAACAUCUGGACUGAUUCUAAAUAUGCCUUCUCUGUAGUACAUGCUCAUGGAGCAAUCUGGAAAGAAAGGGGACUACUAACUGCCCAAGGGAAAACAGUCAAACAUGCAGAAGAAAUCCUAAGAUUGUUAGAAGCGGUCCAACUCCCAGAACAAGUGGUCAUAAUGCAUUUCAAUUUGGCUACUUCUGUUAAGUAUAACAAAAAGCGUUUCUAUAAAUACAUUAAUAACAAAAGGAGGGGCAAGGAAAACCUUCAUUCCUUCUUGGACCUGGGGGGAAAGUUAGUUAACAGGGAUCAGGAGAAGGUUGAGGUACUUAACAACUACUUUGCCUCCAUAUUCACCAGUAGGACAGGUGACCUUCAGGACAACUGCCCUCUGGAGUUGGUAGACAGGGACAGGAAGACGAAUAGCCCCCCUGUGUUCCAGGAGGAAAUAGUCAGUGACGUACUGAGCCACGUGGAUCCACACAAGUCCAUGGGACCAGAUAAGAUCUAUCCUAGGGUGAUGAGGGAGUUGGUAGAAGAGCUUGCCAAGCCACUCUCCAUCAUUAACCAGCAGUCCUGGCUCUCUGGGGAGGUUCCAGAUGAUUUGAAGUUGACAAAUGUCAUGCUGAUCCACAAAAAAAGCUGCAAGGAUCUGGGAAACUCCAGGCCUGUCAACCUGACCUCAGUGCCCGGCAAGGUUAUGAAGCAAAUCAUCCUGAGUGCAAUCACAUGGCACCUAUAGGAUGAAAGAGGGAUCAGACCCAGCCAGCACGGGUUUAGGAGGGGCAGGUCCUGUCUGACCAACCUGAUCUCCUUUGAUGAUCAGGUGACCAAUCUGGUGGAUAAGGCUGUGGAUGUAGUCUAUCUGGACUUCAGCAAAGCCUUAGACACCGUCUCCCAUAAUAUACUCCUGGAAAAGCUGCCCCAUGGCUUGGGCAGGUGCACUCUCUGCUGGGUUAAGAGCUGGUUGGAUGGUCGGACCCAGAGAGUGCUGGUGAACGGUGCUGCAUCCAGUUGACGACCAGUCACCAGUUGUGUUCCCCAGGGGUCAGUGCUGGGCCCAGUUCUGUUUAACAUCUUUAUCAAUGAUUUAGAUGAGGGGAUUGAGUCCAUCAUUAGCAAAUUUGCAGAUGACACCAAGUUGGGAGGGAGUGUCGACCUGUCGGAAGGCAGGAGGGGUCUGCAGAGGGAUCUGGAUAGACUGGAGAGAUGGGCUGAUUCCAGUGGGAUGAAGUUCAACAAGGCCAAGUGCCGGGUCCUGCACUUUGGCCACAACAACCCCCUGCAGCGCUACAGGCUGGGCACAGAGUGGUUGGAGAGCAGCCAGGCAGAAAGGGAUCUGGGGAUGCUGAUUGACAGGAAGGUGAACAUGAGCCAGCAGUGUGCCCAGGUGACCAAGAAGGUCAAUGGCAUCCUGGCCCGCAUCAGGAAUAGUGUGGUCAGCAGGACAAGGGAAGCUUGA